AUGGUAGGAAGAAAAUAUAACAGAAGGCACCGUUCCAGUCUCAAACUGAAAAGAAACACAAAAACAAGAGAGCAGCAUGUUUUUAACAGCUUGCCUGCAGAAAGCGGAAAAAAUACUGCCUGGGAGUUGGGACAGCACUGUUCUUUUUCUCUCACCGCCCUCGUUAUUUGUCUUUCAGAACGGGAGCCAGACUUGCAAUUCUGGAAGGAAGGGGCGGAGGGGUUCUGUGGAAGCCCUGAGUCUGGUGGGGAAAGGCGGGUAGGAGGCUCAGGGGCGCAGGGCCAGGAGGAAGUCAGGGGAGGCGCUAAAUCUUUUCCUUCCCGGCCUUGGGCACCCUCUUUGGUCCUCAGAGGUCACCCAGCGCAGGUCAGCCAGGUAGUUUCCGACCGCUUCGGACCACCGCGAGCAGGAUGCAUCAUCCCUGCCCCUGCUGCCUUCGGCCAGAGAAAGGAUGCGGGAGCUUCUUUCGCUUUCCCAGCCUCUUUUUCUUCAUGA